CGCUUGCUCAGGAGCGAACAAUAGAAACGAACGAACCAUUAAAACCAAAUAAAAAAAAUUGUUGACCAAUUCUUGGUAACCUAAUCUCCAGUAAAACAUCGAACAAAGCCUCGUAAAACGCAAAACAUGUAUUUAACGUAAUCUAUAGUUUUUGUAAACCGGAUGUAAAGGAGGAGGGGUCAGAGGUCACCCACGUGUGGUUUUCCCGCGCGUUGGGUGACGUGAAUCGACGUGAGGUAAAUUUUUGUUUUCUCUUAAGAACAUUUUACUUUUAUUCUAGAUUUGAAGCUUUCGUGACUGCAAGGAUUCUUAACGAUUCCCACGACUGAAACGAACGUCGCUGUCGCCCUUCGUGGUUCCCAGCAUGGCAGAGAGACCUGAGGACCUGAACUUGCCAAAUGCGGUCAUCACACGGAUCAUCAAGGACGCGCUGCCCGAGGGCGUGAACGUGUCGAAGGAGGCGCGCAGUGCCAUCUCCCGCGCCGCCAGUGUCUUCGUGCUCUACGCCACAUCCUGUGCCAACAACUUUGCGGUGAAGAGUAAGCGGAAAACUCUGAGCGGGAACGAUGUUCUGUCCGCCGUGGAGGAGAUGGAGUUCCAACAGCUGCUGGCUCCGCUCCGUGAGAGCCUGGACGCGUACAGACGCGACCUCAAGGGGCGCAAGGAGGCCUCGGAGCAGCGCAGGAAGGACAAGGAGACGCCGCGGAGAGACGCGGGCGACGAGGGGGACACGGGCCCCGCCGACGGCUCCGUCGGGGACGAGCCGGCAACUGACGAGGCAGCGGCUGAUGAGGGAGCGGCUGAAGAGGCAGCGGCUGACGAGGCCGCGGCGGACGAGGGAGACUGAGCGGACUCCCCCCCCCACCACCACCACGAAUGUUGGAUGGUGCCAGAGCAAGCGAGGGGGGUGGGUGGGGUGAGAGGAAAUCGUCUUCACCACCUCAUGAAUUUAACUUAAAAUGGAAGUCGUUUUGUUUUCGGUAAUAAAUGUGCUUUUUUUGUAUAAGAGUUAAA